AUGACACAAAUCGGCUGGUAUGGCCUCGGGUCCAUGGGCCUCGCCAUGGCCAACAACCUGCAGCGACACCUCGCCGCCAAAAAGGCCCUGAGCCUACUCUACACCAACCGCACUAUGUCUCGCGGCAGUCCCCUCCAGACUCUAGGUGGUAUCCCAGAGCCUAGCUUUGACAAGCUAGUCUCCCGCUGUGGAAUCAUCUUCACCAUGGUCUCCAACGACACAGUCCUCCAAAGUCUGAUCUCAUCAGCUGUUGACUCGGGCCAUUCUCUCAAGGACAAGAUCUUUGUAGACUGCUCGACCGUUCACCCCGAGACUGUUAGCUCGGCGGUGGCUCAGCUCAAGGCCAAGGAAGCCUCGUAUGUCGCGGCACCCGUGUUUGGGGGUAAUCCUAUUGCCGUUGAUGGGAAGUUGGUGUUUGCUAUUGGUGGUCCCAGGGGUGCGACUGAGGUUGUUAAGCCACUUAUUCAGGAUGUUAUGGGUCGGAAGGUUAUUGAGUGUGGUGAAGAUGCUACAAAGUCUUCAUUGUUGAAGAUUGCUGGAAACAUCGUUACUGUGAACAUGAUGGAAGCCGUCGGUGAAGCCCAGGUUUUCGCUGAAAAGACCGGCCUUGGAACCGGCCCCAUGGAAGAGUUGAUCGGUGAGGCCUUCGGUCCUGUAGCCGGUGGAUAUUCUAAGAGAUUGACUACUGGCGCCUAUGCGCCACCCUUGGACGCUCGCCCCGGAUUUGGCGUCUCGCUUGCUAUCAAGGAUGCCAGGCACGCUAUGUCGAUGGCCGAGAAGCAGGGAGUCAAACUUCCUGCUCUUGAGCUGGCUCGCAAGAAUAUGGAGGCGGCUCGUGAGUAUGCUGGUGAGUGUCUCGACAGCAGCUCCAUGUAUGGAACCUUGCGGCAGCAGGCUGGCCUUCCAUUUUGGAAUGAGAAGAGUCGGCAAGAGUAG